GCCCGAUUGGUUAAACCGCACGGAACAGAGAACAGAAACACAUGGGUGCGAAGUUGUUAGCCAUUGAUGCAAAUAUAAUGUUUUAACGCAGAUUUCAAACACAUUUAUGCGGCGUUUAAGGUUUUCGUAAGAUAAGCGCCACUGAUAAUGUGUCUUCACUGAGUUAUUAUUUAUCAAGACAUGGAGACAGCAGCCCUGGUAGCUCCAGUCACAGCUCUGGAGUUCCUUAAGGACGCAUUUCUGCUGACAGGUGAGGGCCCAGUUCUGACAGGUUACAGUCUCAAGCCUCACCCUAGAGCCUGUGCGUCACUGAGCGUGCUCCAACACUACAGGAUCCAUGGGAUAAGAUCUAGAAGUCUGUCAGCUGUCACAGCACAGACCUCUGCCACAGGAAGCGAUGGGGAGGAGAAAAAUGAACCGAAGUCCACCUCAGAGCCCAGCAUCUAUGACCUAGCAGUGUUUGGAGGCAAGGCUGUGAGGCUGGUGAGGCUCCAUGCUGAUAUCCAGGAUGGGGAGCAUCUGCAUUUGGAGAUUCUGAGUCCCAUCAUGGAGCUGCAGGACUGGGCCUUGGAUGUCCGCUGGCUCUCUGGGGACAAACACUCAUUGCUCUGUGUGGCUGUAGCCCACAAUAGCGCUGUCCUCCUGGAUGUUGUUACAGGAAAUGCCCUUGUUCAACGCUCCUGUCUGGAGGGAUGUUUGCUGUACUCUGCCCUCCUUGUGGUCCAUGAAUCCUGGGCAGAUACUGUUUUAGUCGGGGGGACUGUUUUCAACCAGCUGGUUUUAUGGAAGCCUGGAGGAGCAGACAAAAAUAGUGAUUCUGAACACAAGGUUCCAGUUGAGAAACGCCUGCUGGGCCACAGUGGGGUCAUCUUCAGUAUCUCUUAUCUCCAGGAGAAAGGAUGGCUGGCUUCAGCCUCUGAUGACCGCAGUGUAAGAGUGUGGGGUGUUGGUGCUUUAGGUGGCCCUGGAGGGAAAUGUGGAGACUUGAACUCAUCUUGUUUAAUGGUCCUAUAUGGACACCAGGCAAGGGUGUUCUCAGUGUGUCUCUCCCCAGGGAACGUGUUCAGCGCUGGGGAGGACGGCGCCUGUUUAGUUUGGGACUGGACUGGCGGUGGCAAGGUGGUUCGUACAUUGAAGGGGCACCGAGCAGGGGGGGUUCGUGCACUUGCUGUCAGUGAUGGAGCACUAGAAGAAGAGAGAUGGGUGGCUACAGGGGGGGCAGAUGGAGGAGUGAGGCUGUGGAGGGUAGAAGGAAGUGAGGAGAGGAAGGAGAGAAUGGAGGAAGAAGUGACAGAGAAGCUAAGGGACCUGAAAUUUGCUGGCCAGGGGUUGCCUAAAGUGGUUUGUAUAGCAGGAGAAGAAAGUGUAAGUUGGAGUAAGUUUGUGGUUUGCACUGACCAAGGAAUAGUUUACCAGUACUUGGAUGGGCAGUGGGACAUGGUCUGGCAAGGGACCCCUGAGUUUCAGUCUUAUUGUGUGAUGGAAACAACAACUGUCAUUGUGAAAGACUCAACAACAAAAAUGUAUUUGUGUGCUGUGGGAAACCUCAGUGGGUCCAUACAGGUUUUCCCCAUCACUCAUCCUCAGUGUGGGAUUCUUCUCACAGGUGGAUCGGGGAAGAUCCAUAGUCUUAUUUGGCAAGAGGCAAAAGAAAGCAUAUUUUUGCUUGCAUCAGGUGCUGAGGGACUUGUCUAUCGCUGGUUUAUAGAAGUAAAGCUUGAUGAAAACCGUUCCUUGGAUGUCAAUGUAACUCCCUUUCCUCCUUUCGUCCUUCCUCCCUGCGCCAAACGUUGGCUGACGGCUGCAGUGCGCCUGCACUCCACGUCAAGGGGGUUGCUGUGGGUGUGUGGGGACAGGAGAGGAUCCCUGCUUUUGUUUCAAGAAGGAGUAAAACUAGAGAAAAAGGAGAAACAACCUGAUAAUGAAGGUGAGGAAAUGGGAAGUGAAAUGAUAGAGAGAGGAAGAAAAGAAUUGGGUGACCGACAGCUGCACCCACUUAGCUGCCUGUUCGGAGUGCAUGGAAAACAGGGUGUGACUUCAGUGUGUGAACACAAGGGACUGCUCUACAGCACUGGUAGGGAUGGCUGUGUGAGGGUCUUCAGGGUGCAUCCAACACCACCAGAAAAAGGAAGUGGAGGAAGUGUAGAGGACAAGGAUGUGCUUCAGCUGGAGGUUCUCAGAGUCCAGCGGGCCUGCAGAGGUAUGGAGUGGCUUGAGGGGGUUUUGAUUCUUGAACCAGAACUUCCAGUGGAAGAGGAGGAGGAGGAGGAGGAAGAACUAGGAAAGGAAAAUGAGAAACACUACAAGACAAAGAAACACAAUUUUACAGAAAAGCUCGAUGUUUCAGAGGAAGGGAGCUUUGAGGGAGGAGGUGAAGAAAAGACAGAGAACAAAGCAAGAGAAGCCAGGUUUGUGAUUGUUGGCUUUCAUGCCAUCCAUUUUGUGGUUUGGGACCCAGUAAGGCAGGAGAGGCUGCUAGCGGUGCCUUGUGGUGGGGGGCAUCGCUCCUGGAGUCUCUGGCCAUCCCAAAAUGGGGUUUGGCCCGGAUAUGGAGCCCUGGUCUUCAUUAAGCAAGGAGCUGUCCUGGUUUCGCAACCCCCUGGAGAGGUACCGAGCUGGGCUGGCAAGGCGGGAGGGACUGGUGGAUGGGGCCUGAGAGAGGGCGUCCAUGGGAGGGGGAUUGGAUGUGUAUGCAGGCUGGGGAGGAUAAGAGGAAUCCGGAAUGAGUCUCAAAUGAGUACUAGAAAUGUGAUUGAAAUUGAGAAAAAGGACAGACCCAAAGAUGACGUAAAGGGGGUAGAGAGAGAGGAAGGGCACUGGGAGAUAGUGGUGACGGGAGGAGAGGACACUAGCUUAGCGGUCCUCGCGGUACAUCCCAACUCCGGCAGCAUCAAAGUUCUUUCAGUUAUUACUGAUCACAUCUCAAGUGUCCGGACGGUGACAGCAGUAACACAUCCUCAGGGAGGGAGUGAAAACAGCCAACAGUCUCUCUCUGCCCUGCUCGUGUCAGCCGGCGGGCGAGCUCAGAUAAAUUGUUACCGGUUGUUGAUCACCUGGGACGGGCAGAGACUGGUUCCCUCCUGUCAGGUGAUCCAGGUGGCCGGUCACCGAUUGGGUGAACAGUGGGAGAAGAGGCGGAACCGACACAAGACUGUGAAAAUGGACCCAGAAACAAGGUACAUGUCUGCAGUUGUGGUGUAUGAAAACACAGACUGCACUCUUCUGGCUCUGGCCUGCAGUGACGGAGCUCUCAGAAUGUUCUCUGUCAGUGAAGUUAAACGUCAAAUUGAUUUGUUGUGGGAGACGUUCUUCCACCAGCGCUGUGUCCUCAGUGUAGCUGCCUGCAGUCUGGAGGAUGGAAAAGGCAACAGGUAUAAGCUGCUGUUCAGUGCUGCAACAGAUGGCAAAAUUGCUGUGUGGGAUUUGACUGAAGCUUCUUCCUUAUCGGCAAAUACUUUGAGCAGUUCUCCAAUCCCACCAAUCCCUUGCCUCAACAUUCCCGCCCACCAGAGUGGUAUCAACUCAUUGGCUGUUUGGGCAGAGAAACUGGGACAACAAGAGGGCGGUUGCCUGGUAACUGUUGCUAGCGGAGGGGAUGAUGGGCAACUGACAGUGUCCAUGAUUAGGGUGCAAUACCCACAAGACAGAAAGACUGGGGGCAGCAGAGGGUUUUCUCUGAUUUCUCAGCCCCUGAUUCUUCAUGAAAACCAUUUCCAGUCCCCAGACGAGCUUCAUCUUCGGCUUCACUCCCAGUCCCACGUCCCACUGGCUCAUGCGGCCCCUCUGACGGCCCUGAAGUUCCUUAGCCCAGGCCUCAUGGUCUCUACUUCUUCAGAUCAGAGGGUUUGCCUGUGGAGGGUCGACGGUGUAGGUAUCAGCCACAAGGGGGCGCUGUGUUCCCAUGUUGCAGAUGCUGCAGGACUUGCAGUGUGGGAGGGGCAGAUGAUAGAGGAGGAGGAAGGAGAUACAAAGAGGAAAACAAGGUCUGAGUCUGAGCAGGAGAUUACAGUUUGGAGAGGAAAGGGGAGUCAGACGGGAUUGAAAACGAUGUGUGAGACAGCAGAGGGUGGGACAAGCGGGAGAUCCAAUAAUGAUAAGAAAACAGCUGAUGAGGCCGAGGAUGAAGAACCUGUUGAAGCUUUGAGUGAGACAGGUGACCCAGUUUGUAUGGCCAGUGAUGAGGAGAGAGGUGAGACAGCUGGUGGGCGUAGCAGUCGAACAGAGACUGACAGUGUGGGUAAGACAGAGAGUGAGAGCGAGAAGAAGAGAGAGAAGACAGGAUGGGUGCUGGUCUGUGGCCAGGGCUUCCAGCUACUUCGAGUCAAAAAUACAAAGAUGGCAGCAGACAUGCGGACUACAAGUAGAGAAACAGAAAAGGAGAGCGUGAACCGCAAAGUUAAAUUGUCUUUACAAGAAAAGUCAACAUAAGUGGAAUCAAAAGACAACAGAACUCUGAACACACACUUCUCAGUGUGACACAUUUUUUAGAUUUCCUGUACAGUUCCUUGAUUGCAGCUGCAUUAAUUGAUAUCAAAUUAAUUUUACUUUGGCAUUUUUUAAAAUCUAUUUUUAAUAAAGGUUAUUUAUUCUCCAGA